AUGGACCCGCGGCAGCGCCUCGCUUUGGGCGGAGACUCGGACGACGAGUCGCCUUUCAAGGCCGCACCCGAAGUCGCAGCCAACAAGAUCGCCCGCUACUCCGGCCAGCCGCGCAAGUCGAAGCUCGAGCGUGAGAAGGAGGCAGAGGCGGAGCGGCAGCGCAAGGAGGAGGAAGAGGCGGCGAGGGCGUACAGGGAGUUCGUCGAGGCUUUCGGAGGAGACGAGGAGACCGGUCCGUCGACAGGGGCGCGGCCAGGCUCGAGUCGCAUCAAGACGGUCGGGAAGGGCUUCGUCAGGGCGGGAGGAGCGGAGAAAUACAACCCGCUCGCGCGAGGAGGAGCGGCGUCGGCCGGGCCGUCAAGUGCGCCGGCCAUGGCAGGCGUACCGACGGGCCCGAGGAUACCGACUGGACCGCGCGCGAUGAUGCAGGGCGCGCCAUCUGCGCCAGCGGCUCCGGUAGGACCGGCUUCAAAGGCGCGCCCAACGGCGGCGAGUCUGAUGGGUGGAGACGACGAGCCCGAGAUGCCCGUCAAGCCCGGACCGCUCGGCCGCAAGAAGCGAGAAGGCGACAACUUCCUCGAGCAGCUCAAGAGGGACCAGGCUGCUAGGGAAGAACGCCUCAAGCAGACGGCUGGUCGAGUCGGUGCAUCCGUCACUGCACUUGCAGCUCGCGAGCACGCACCCGUCCUCACCGGUUCGUACGACGUCGGUGACCCCUUGACGACCAACUUGCACGUCGGCGGUCUGCCGACGAACGUCACGGAAGAUGCGUUCGGCAAGAUGUUUGCGCAGUUUGGGCCGAUUGGCAGCAUCAAGAUCAUGUGGCCACGCCUGGAUACCGGUCAGCUCGCAACGACGGGUGGACGCAAGCUCGGCGGCUUCGUCGCCUACCUCCGACGACCCGAUGCUGAGCGAGCGGCGAAGGAGAUGGACGGCGCAGAGUGGGGCGACAACGUGCUCAAGAUCGGCUGGGGAAAGGCUGUGCCGCUUCCGGCGACCGCUAUCUACGAACCUGACCCCGACUCGUCCUACUACCGCGAGCGCGGCACCAGCUCACACUCGCACUCUCACUCCCGUCACCACCGCAAAUCCCGCUCACGGUCUCGCUCGCGCUCGAAGUCGCCGGACGACCCUCACGAGUUCCUCCGCUCGAAGCACCGACGAUCCUCUCGCUCACCUCGACCAAAGGGAACGCGCGCAUGGCCGGAACUGGAGGAAGGCGUGUCGGAGAGCUUCUUGGUGACGGUUGCGCGGAAGGUGCGGGAUAACGGCAAGACGUUCGAGGAUAUCCUGCGCGACAAGGAGCGCGAAAACCACAAGUUUGCGUUCCUGCGUGACGACAAGUUGCCGAGCUUCCACUACUUCCGCAUGCUCGUCGAUCCCGACUACGCGCCUCCGCUUGUUGCGAGCUUCGAAGACGAGGGCAACGCCGACGUCUACUCCUCCGACUCGUCCGAGAGCUCCGAAGACGAGCGGGUGGGCAAGGGCAGGCUCGGCAAGCUCGCGCAGAAGCGCUUCGAGUGCUUGUUACGAGGCUUGACGAGCUCGAGAGACAAGAUUGCGCGUGGGAUGGCCUUUGCGAUCGAGCAUGCGGAUUGUGCUGCUUACAUCGCCGACAUCCUCGUCUGCUCGCUCACGAUCGACUCGACACCCGUCCCGCGCAAACUCGCCCGCCUCCACCUCGUUUCCGACAUCCUGCACAACUCGGCCGCGCCCGUACCAAACGCCUGGACCUACCGCUCCGUCUUCGAGUCGAAGCUGCCGGACGUCUUUGACCACCUCGGUGAUAUCUACUUGAGCUUUCCCGGACGGUUGAAGGCGGAGCAGUUCAAGGGCUUGAUCGAGAAGGUCAUCGACGUCUGGGCGAACGACUGGAUGCUGUUUGAACCGAGCGUCAUCGAAGACUUCAAGCGACGGCUCUCCGGACUCGAACUUGCCGAAGACGAAGCCGACUCUCAGGCGGUCACAGAAGACGCCGGAAUGGACGUCGACUCCUUCAUCUCCUCCCUCCCGCCGCCAGCAGCGUCUGAACCAGCCUCAACCGCACCGAGCCCACCUUUGCCCGAAGAAACCGCGCCCGCCAAGUCCGGCUUCAAGCCGAGUUUCAUGGCAGCUGCGUUCGCGCCGGCGCAGCCUGAACCUGCGGCGGCAGAUCUGACUACACAGGCGAUGGAGGAGGACGUCGAUGGCGCGCCUGUCGAGGACGACGUCGACGGUGCGCCGGUCAUGGAGGACGACGUUGACGGUGCGCCGGUCGAGGACGUCGAUGGCGCGGCGGUGGACCAGGACGUCGAUGGUGCGCCGGUGGCGGCGGAGGACGUGGAUGGGGCGCCGGUGGACGCGGUCGUGGAGGAGAAGAAGGUGGGGCCGGAGACGCUCGUCCUCGAUGGCAGCGAUGACGGCGAGGCGAUGGACAUGGGCAGUGACGAGGACGGCGACAUCUUCCGGUAG